AUGCCUUCCCCUGGGACCUCUUUAUUAUCUACUAUACUUGUUGAUAAAGAGAUCUCGCCAGUAUAUAAUUCCAGAUACUUCUACCCAGUAAAACCUGGAGAGAUACUCGCUGGGUAUAUCAAAGAGCCAGAGAGAAUUAUAACAUUAAAAAUCACUAAUAGUAAUGCGAGUUUUACUGGUCAUGAGCGUGCUGUCAAAGAGUAUAUUUCCACGGCAGACCCAUUAUAUCGCGGUCGCUUACUUAUCCAAAUAUUAUUAGACUCUUUUGAAGUUGAAGGCCUGAAAGAUUCUCAUUUAUGUCUUAUAUAUCCGCCUAUAAGGGAGCUAUUAUCGAUAUAUCAGCAGUACUUUGAUGAUAGAAAGUUACUACUGCCCCUAAUUAAAAUAUAUAUUUAUGCUCUUCUUACAGGGCUGGAAUAUCUUUAUAAAGAGUAUAGGGUAGUUUAUACAGGCGGCUAUCUAGAUCUAAAGCUUGAAAAUAUUAUGGUCUUAUUCAAGGAUCUAACCGUACUUACUAAUUUCAUGGAUUCUUAA